CGCAAAUAUGGCAAUACUUUAUUGUUUACAUAUAAAAAAUAAAUAAAUAAAAAUCUUUUAAAUGUUAAAGUUAUUUAUUAUAAAACAAUGGAUUUAAAUACCAAAAUUAUUGAAGGUGUUAAACAAUUUCCCACGUUAUAUGAUGACAAAGGAAAUUUGGAUGAAAGAAAUCAAGCAUGGAUGCAAUUGGCCGAUAAAUUAAAAAUGCACGAAGUUUAUUUAAAAAUUCGUUGGCAUAGUUUAAUGCAAGCAUAUCAACGUAAUAUGAAUUUUAAAUAUGCCAAUAACAUGGAUUUCGUACCACGUAUUAAGGAGACACAUAAUAAAGGAGAAAAUUGGCCGGAAUUCAUAAUAACAGAAGAAGAUUUAAAGGAAGACAGAAGCGUUCAAGAACAAGAAGAAUUUGUAUUCUUAGAAAUAGACGAAGAAGAUGCAAAAGUUAAAGAAAUGCCAAAAGCAACUGUUAAGGAAAAGACAGUAGAAAAUGUAAAACAGUUAGAGGAAGCAUCCAAUGUUGUGUUAAAAAACAAAAACUUGGAACAAAAUGUUUAUAAAAUCCAAAAUAUUGAAAAAUUGAAUGAUUUAAAAGCAACACAAAAUGUUGAAGUUAAAGAAAACAUUGAGGAUAAACCAAAGGAGUGUGACAAAAGCACGACCACAACUAGCAAAGUGGAAGAAAAAAUGCCAGCAGUUGAUGUAAAUAAGAAAGAAAAUGAUCAAGUUAUUAAGGAAACUAAAGAAGUGGCCAUAGAGAAAUCUCACAUAAAAAAUGAACGCUGUGAAGAUGCUAUCUUUGGAGAACUUGUAUCAGCCACAUUAAAGCGUAUGGAUGAAGAAAAGAAACGAAAUAUUAAAAAAGAAAUAAUGAAUCUUUUAUUUUCCUAAACAAAAACUUUUCAAGAAUAAAUACGAACAUAUUUUAAUCCAA